AAUCUCUAUGUGGCAACAACUAAAAUUAUACCGUAAUGAAUCAAAUUACCCAUUCAUAGCAAAUCAUAUAAUACCCAUCUUCCCUCUCAAAAAACUCACAAAACCAUUACAAAUAAAUUUCAGUACACAAUCCACAGGAUUGAAACUCAAGGACCACCCUCAAAUAUGACAUUUGAUUGGAGAGAAUAUUGUUAGCUUUUGAAAAACCGAAUUGACCUCCGAACCAGUUAAACCGUUAUCUCCACUUUCCCUUUCCCUCUCUCUCUCUACAAAACACAAUAAAUCCUCUUGCAUCACUUCACUUUUUCAUUCAAGUUAAAAUCUACACGCUACACUAUGGAUCCCAAUUCCAACGAAAUCGUUCGCGAAUUCCCUUACCUCUUCCGUCUCUACAAAGACGGUCGCGUCGAACGCCUCCUCGGCACCGAAACCACUCCACCCGGCACCGACUCAUUAACCGGCGUUCAAUCCAAAGACAUAACAAUCAACUCUGACACCGGCAUCGGAGCUCGUCUCUACCUUCCCCCGAACGCCACCGCCUCUCGAAAACUCCCUAUCCUCAUUUACAUCCACGGCGGUGCUUUCUGCAUCUGCUCUCCCUUCAACACUGGUUACCACCAUCACCUUAACACCGUUGCCGCACAAGCAAACGUCAUCGUUUUCUCCGUUCAUUACAGGUUAGCACCUGAACACCCCCUCCCUAUCGCUUACGAUGACACAUGGGAAGCCAUUCAAUGGAUCUCAAAAGGUUCUGAGUUGUGGCUCAAAGACCACGCCGAUCUCAAUAUUGUUUUCAUUGCCGGAGACAGCGCCGGAGGUAACCUCGCCCAUAACAUGGCGAUGCGAGGUUCAACGGAGGGGUUUGGAUCGUUGAAGGUUCAAGGGAUAGUGUUGCUUCAUCCUUACUUUGGAAACAAUAAGAAAGACGAGCUUUUGGAGUUUUUGUAUCCGAGUUAUGGUGGACUUAAUGACCCCAAAAUACACCCGGUGAAUGAUCCAAAUCUUUCGAGUUUGAGUUGUGGGAAGAUGUUGGUGUUUGUGGCGGAGAAUGAUUUUCUAAGGGAGAGAGGAAGGAGUUAUUAUGAGGCGUUAAAGAAGAGCGGGUGGAAUGGAGUGUUGGAGAUGGUGGAGACUGAAGAUGAAGGACACGUGUUUCAUUUGUUUAAUCCUUCUAAGGAUAAAUCGGUGGCUCUUGUUAAACAGUUUGUGUCAUUCAUGACACAAAUUGAGAAACACAUUCGUUCUUCAUCUUUAUAAAUAUUUUUAGUAAGAGAAUAAAGUGUCAUCUCUUUAAUUAAACAUAUGGAUGUAAAGUCAUCUCUCAAAAUAUGAUAAAUUAGCUUCUCAAUUGUUUAGUGUUACUUUGCAACUGGUUUAGUAAAGAAUGAUUAAACUGUUAUUUUAAAACUAGAAUUUAUUUUUA